CUUUGUUGUUGUGAUGGCGGAUAUGGUGAAGCAAAUAUUGGCAAGGCCAAUUCAGUUAGCAGACCAAGUAGCGAAAGCGGCGGAUGAGGCAAGUUCGUUCAAGCAGGAGUGUUUGGAGCUUAAGUCGAAGACAGAGAAACUUGCUGGCUUGUUUCGACAAGCGGCGCGUGCGAGUUCCGACCUUUACGAACGCCCUACGCGCCACAUACUCGAUGAUACCGAACAGGUCCUUGAUAAAGCUCUAUCUUUGGUCUUCAAAUGCCGCGCCAACGGCUUCAUGAAGCGCGUGUUCACAAUCAUCCCUGCUGCCGCGUUCCGUAAAAUGUAUUCUCAGCUCGAGAAUUCAAUCGGAGAUGUUUCCUGGCUUCUCCGUGUUUCGGCCUCCGUCGACGAUCGCGACGAUGAGUACUUAGGACUUCCUCCGAUCGCUGCGAACGAGCCGAUUUUAUGCUUAAUUUGGGAACAAAUUGCGAUUCUUUACACCGGUUCACUUGACGACCGGUCUGUCGCGGCUGCUUCGCUUGUUUCGCUAGCCAGAGACAAUGACCGGUAUGGCAAACUGAUUAUCGAAGAAGGAGGCGUUGGACCGUUAUUGAAAUUAGUCAAAGAAGGGAAAAUGGAAGGUCAAGAAAACGCCGCUAGAGCAAUUGGCCUUCUGGGUCGGGACCCGGAAUGCGUGGAGCACUUGAUCCACGCUGGUGUUUGCACAGUGUUUGCGAAAAUCCUCAAAGAAGGUCCGAUGAAAGUUCAGGCCUUGACGGCCUGGGCGGUGUCGGAGCUGGCUGCUAAUUACCCAAAAUGUCAAGACUUGUUCGUUCAACAUAACAUAAUCCGGUUACUCGUCAGUCAUUUGGCGUUUGAAACCAUUCAAGAACACAGCAAAUACGCAGUUGCUAGUAACAUGGCGACGUCGAUCCACGCGGUGAUUAUGGCGAGCAGUAAUAAUUCGAACACGAAUAAUGUGAAGAAUGUUGUCAAUGACGAUCACCGGAAUCUGAUUCCGCAUCCAAUGGGGAAGCAAAUGCCAAAUCAGAUGCAUAAUGUGGUUGCCAAUACCAUGACAAUGAACGGAGUGGUGCAAGCACCACGGAAGCCGGGUAAUAAUCAUGUUAGGAGUAACAGUCAGGGCAAUGCCAAGCAAUUUCAUCAAGUUUAUCAUCAACAACAACAGCAGCAGAAUGGUUCAAUGUCCGGGGCGAAUAUGAAGGGAAGGGAAGCAGAAGAUAUUGCUACCAAGGCUUGUAUGAAGGCAAUGGCAGCUAGAGCUAUAUGGCAUCUAGCCAAGGGGAAUUCGAUUAUCUGUCUGAGUAUCACCGAGUCUAGAGCACUGCUAUGUUUUGCUGUCUUAUUAGAAAAAGGAACCAAACAAGUACGGUUUAAUUCGGCUAUGGCGUUGAUGGAGAUUACAGCUGUGGCAGAACAGGAUACUGAUUUGAGAAGGUCUGCGUUUAAGCCGAACUCUCAUGCUUGUAAGCUCGUUGUGGAUCAGCUGUUCAAGAUAAUCGAGAAGGCCGAUUCAGAAUUGUUGAUUCCUUGUAUCAAGGCCAUUGGUAAUCUGGCGAGGACGUUUCGAGCAACAGAAACGAGGAUGAUUUCCCCAUUGGUUAAACUUCUCGACGAAAGGGAAGCCGAAAUUUCCAUUGAGGCUGCCAUUGCUCUAACCAAAUUCGCUUGCACCAAUAACUACCUACACCUUGAUCACUCCAAGUCGAUCAUUAGUGCAGGAGGUGCAAAUCGUUUGAUUCAACUAGUGUAUUUCGGGGAACAAAUUGUUCAGCACUCAGCAUUAGUUCUUCUAUGCUACAUUGCCCUCCACGUACCAGAUAGCGAAGAACUUGCCGAAGCUGAAGUGUUCACGGUGCUGGAAUGGGCAUCCAAGCAAUCCAACAUGACCCAGGACGAAACAGUGGGCAGAAUUCUACCAGAAGCCAAAAGUAGAUUGGAGCUGUAUCAGUCUUGAGAUUCAAGGGGCUUUCAUUGAUUCGAUCGCUUUUCCCUUCAUUUUCUUUCGGGUUCAUCAUUCUAAUGCGGUGUACAUACAGUUAGCAGUCUUCUUCCACGGUGGAUCAUAGUUGCAUUGCAUGGCUUCUAUAAGUU